AUGAUAUUAAACUCUGCUGAGCCUGCCCGGACUUCCUUGCCAGCACGGAAGUCCGAACCGGACCAGCAGCUGGCUGUGGUGGCUGUUGCGGCUGCUGCGGCCAGAGAUGGUAAGAGCGACAUCAGUCGACUCUCCACUGUGACAGAGAAGGACAAGGCCCUGCCGAGUCCUUAUGUAUUUAUUACAUCUGGCGGUCGAGUCAUAUUUAGGAUCACAAUGGUGGUGGUCAGCACCUGCAAGAUGGAAGUUUACAAAUUUCCUUUUGAUUUUCAGAGCUGCAACUUGUCUUUCAAAUCUGCCAUACACCCUGACACAUUAAUACAACUUAAAGAGAUGGUUAACGUCAGUUGGACCAAAAUGUGGACUAAGAAAAUAAUGCGGACCCAGUCGGAGUGGCUGUUUGUCGACAUAAAAACCAACAAUAAAACUGUUGACAAUUUUGGCUUCAAACAAAGCAUGUUGGUUUACACUAUCACCAUGAAGAGGCGGUCUGUCCUCUACAUCGCCAACUUCUUGCUGCCGGUCCUGUUCUUCUUGUGUCUGGACUUGGCGUCCUUCCUGAUCUCAGACAGUGGGGGCGAGAAGCUCAGCUUCAAGGUCACUGUGCUGCUCGCUAUAACUGUGAUGCAGCUAAUUCUCAGUGAGAUUCUGCCCUCCUCUUCAGACAGCGUUCCAGUUGUUGCUGUCUACUGCAUUGGGAUAUUUGGUUUGAUGAUGAUCAGCCUCUUUGAGACUAUUUUGCUGAUGUAUCUGAUGGGGAAAGACAACGAGGCAGAUGAAGACCAAAGACCAAAGAGUGAGGAUUGUGAAGAUAAACGGAGCAAAGUCAGCUGCUGCUGUAAAGAGCUGAAGAAAUGGACUCACUGUGCUCGUGUUUGUGAUGUGUCUGUUGAUGAACCUCCAUCUGAACUGCUGUCAGCAACCAAAGAGGGCAGCAGCAGUGAACUGACGGAGGAGUCCAUUGCCUUGGAGAAGCUCUCAGAUGAGAUGAAGGAGGUGAUUCAGCUCCUUAACAGCAGGGAGGAAGCAGGAAAGAUCGGCUACUGGACCAGAGUGGCUAAAACAAUCAACAAAGUUUUCUUCAUUUCCUAUGUCACAAAUGGAGACAUGGACUCCUCUUUUUGUUCGGUCCGGGAGCUGCAAGACUCUUCAACCGACUCUCAAGAGCUGAAGACGACGCCUGAUCGACCACAUCGGGGGAAAAAGACUCCAGUUCUACAAUCAAGAAGAAGACAGAGUGAGGACAUCCACAUCAAGAAAGAAGAUUCCAAUCUGACCGGUGAAGACGAAAGACGAGUGAGAAGAAGGGUGACCAUUCCAACGCCAGUCGAUGAUCGAUUAAAGAAGUCUUCUUUCCAAGUCCACACUGAAGCCAGGACCCAGGGACCAGUCCAGGAUCGCUCCAACUCUGACCAGAGGGGAGAGUCACAGCUGAGGCCUGAAGCCUGGCAUUGCAGAAGAGUUUCUUGGCCAGACAACUCUCACGUCUACUUCUCCAAAACCUUCAAGUUUAAUACCCAGCUACAGCUUCAUUCAACACAGGCAGUUAGGAUAUCAUGGGUGAAGAAAUCUGAGGAAAAGAAACGUGAAAAUCUGGAGACCGGUCCAGGGUGUAACCCUCCUCUGGCCCAGUGUCAGCUGGGAUCGGCUCCAGUCCUCCGUGACCAGAGUUCAGAUCAACUUCUGACUGCUGACUCCUCCCAAAGGUCAACUUCACUGUGA